AUGAGGGAUCGACACGGAUCAACCAGAUUGGUUUCCUCCUCGAAUUCCACUUCUUUGACAACAACCAUAAUGUCAUUCCAAAAAGCAUCAUCUCAACAACAACCUUCAUCAUCACCUCCUCUCAAAUAUUUAUUCUAUAAAAUCAAUCAUCUCAGUAAAUUGAAUGGAUCUUCAACAUUGGUCGUCACAUUACCUUCCAAUCAAUCCGAUAUGAAGAUGCAAAAUUCAAGUCACUCUUCACGUCAUGAACAAUUUCUAGUUCCUAUGGAUGAUCAUGAAUAUGAUGAUUACAUUCUUUAUAAUGAUGAUGAUGGUGGAGAUGGAGGUGAUGACACUGUGGAUGAUGCCAUGACGAUGAUGGAUGAUCAAUAUGAUGAUGAUCAUCAAUUAUUGUUAAUUGGUGUGAAAAAUGAAUUUAGAGAUGUGAUGGAUGUUUCGAGAAUUAAAUGUAUCUUCUCAGAGAAUGAAUCUACUUUUAUUGUCAUGGAGGAUGACUCGAUAUGGGUGGCAGGAAGUGAUAAUUCCAAUUAUCAAUUAGGACUAGGUCACAACCAACCACUCACACAAAUACCAACACUAAUACCAUCCUUUACAAGUCAUCAUGAAAAGAUUAAAAAGAUUUCCAUACUCAUCGGGAGUACUGUGUUUUUAACAGAAAAUGGAAAUGUCUAUGCAUGUGGAAUUGAUUAUUACACUUCAGAUUAUCAUUGCAAUGCAAAUCAUACAAUCAAUCAUCAUCAUGUCUUUUCCUCUCCAACUCUCAUCUUUACAAAUAUUCAAAACAUUUCAUCACACACACAAGACUAUCUUGUCAUGAUUACCAAAGAUUUUGAAUUGAUGAUUUGUGGAAGAAUCAAACAAGUCACACGAUCCAUGAUGAUAGAAUCACAUGGAAUGCAAGAAGAUCAACCAUGUGUCAUCACGAAUAAUACUCGACCCAUUACCUUUCCAGGAAGUGAACAAUUAUCAAGUCAUCAUGAUACAACUAAUAAUAAUCAUCACAAUGCAACAAAUAAUAAUCAUCACAAUGCAACGAAUACUAAUCAUCACAAUAAUCAUACUAGUUUCAUUGAUGAUCAAAUGCUACCCAUUCAUUUUGGAACAUGUACAACACUACCAAGAGAAUUUGUUAUCAAAAUAUCAUGUCAUGGAAGAAGCUUGAUGAUUUUAACUAAUUUAGGUAAUAUCUAUGUGUAUGGAGAAAAUACAUGUGGUAAAUUUGGAAUAAUAGCUAAUAAUAUUGCUAACUCAAAUGACUCUAACCAUUCAGAAUUCAUAGAUACAUUGACAAGACAAGAUUAUUUUCAAAAUCAAUCUCUUCAAAUCAUUGAUAUUGAAUGUUCAGAUCGAAAUUGUUAUUUUCUCACCAAUUGUGGAACUGUAUAUUGUAGUGGAGAAUUUAUACUUCUCACACACUAUGUGACUGAAUUACUUCAUAAUGAUUUAUUUAUUGCAGAUCGAGGUAAAAUUAUGAAAAGAAAUGGAAGUAUUGUUUCUCGAUAUGUCUCUCAAUAUUAUAAUGAAUUUUUCUAUCGAAUGGAUCAUUUUGAUUUUUUAAUUGAUGGAAAAAUUAUAACCGUAUUGAAAAGUGCCAUUUAUCCAAUGGAUAUAUUCAGUAAGGCUCAAUUGUUGGAUCCUUAUUUUGUUUCUCAUUCUAUUGCUAGUAGUGUGAAAAAGAGUCUUGUUGAUAGUUGUUGUUCCAAUGAUCAUCAUGGAUCAUUAGUGAAUCACAAGAGUUCAAUUUCUACGAAUUCAACUAGUUUUAAUUCUUCAAAUUCAAUUACUUCUACUACUUUCAAUUCUACUUCUACUACUAUUGGUAUGACUUCAAAUGCUUCUACUACAUCUAUCACUUCAAAUUCUACUCCUCCCAAUGUAACACAAGUGAAUCAACAUUCACACUCCAAAAAGAGUAGUAUUAUUCAUUCUUCAAAAUCUACUUCAAAACUCUCUGAAAUUACCUACAAGAAAUUACUUGAUUUUUUUAAUUCACUCUCUUUAUAUCAAAUGAUUUUAGGAGAUUAUGAUUUGAAACAUUUUGAAUCUUAUUUUAAAGCAAGUUCUUCAGAUGCUUACAAUGCACAACAAAUUCAAUUACAACAAUUAUGGAUUGAUAAAUAUACCUUUGUGUCAGCAGCAAUAGCAACAACAUCCAAUACUAGUAGUAAUACUAUUAGUAAUACUAGUUCAUUACAAGAGGAUUCCUUCUUACGUGGAGUGAAACAACGACUCAAAGAAUUUCUCACUACUCAUCAUUCCAAUUUAAUUUCUUCACAUCAUCAAUUCUAUGUACAUUAUAUUCAUAUUAAGAAAUUCUUUCAAAAUGCAACCACGAUCAAUGAAUUAAUAUUUACCUUAAUGAUUUGUUUUGAAAAGAAUAUUACAGUAGCUAUAGAAGCAUUUAUUCAGAAUUUACAAGAUACCAUCUUGCAGAGUGUGAAUGAAGAUCGACAUGAUCAAUAUGGUGGUGGUGGCAACAUUCCAUGUUCACCUUCUUCGGUAAUGGCCAACUCAACGAACAUGACUCUUCAGUUGUUGCAUACAAGGAAUAAGAUGAAUAUGAAUACUACUACCAACACUACUACUACCAGUACUACAAGUACUACUACUACCAACACUUUCUUCUCAACAGUUCCCUCUAAUUAUGAUGAACUUCAUAAAAUGGUCAUUGAUGCCUUUGGAUUGGUCGAUCGUAAACAAUUACCACCACCUGCCACAUUUGGAAGAAAGAAAAUAGCAAAGAAUGAUGGUCGAUUAUUGGGAUUUGGAUCUGCUGUUGGAGACCAGUGUGUCGAUGAUUGUCAUGAAUUUGGAUCGAUUGCAAUGAUCAAUGACAAGUAUUAUUCGUAUCUUUCUCAAAAACCUGUCGAACCAUUCACUUUUGUGUUUGUGUGUGGAAUAUUAGCAGCGAUCAAAUUAUUAUUGAAAAGUGAUCGAGUGAAAACACCUGAUGCUAAAAUAUCCAAAGAUGAAUUGAUUGCAUUUCAAACUUCAAUGAAUGCUAUUCGUGAUCAUCUUCGUGAACAUUUAGAAUUUAACAAAACAUCAUCCUCGACCAAAAAGAAACCAAAUAUAGUGAGUGGAGGUCUAAAGAAUUUCGACUCAUUCUCUAUACCAUGA